UUCGUUGCCAUUGACGAGCGAGGAUGACAGCAGGUUUGGUUACGUUGAACAGCAGGAGAAUUUGCUACAACUAUGGAUAUGGGUACAUGUAAUCAAACGGACAAAGUGAUGAAGCGGGGAAGGCAACCGAAUGCGCCCUCGCGGAGAAGUGUUUGCUGGAUUGAGUUUCUAGAGCAAUUGAUUUAAAUCGACGUUACCAAGUUUAAUUUCACAUGCAUUCAAAUACAAAAAGAGCCAUACGGGCAGCCUCCCAGAACAGACGGUAAUCUAAACAGCAUUUUAGCUGUUUCAUGCCUUGGGGCCCCUGUGCAGCAUGUGUAAUUUGAGGGAGAGAGGUGACAUCAGGUAGUUUUAUGCUGAAGAGGAAUCCCAGCCCCAGAAAUUAGGACUAAUUUAAAGACAGCUUAACGUGUAUAAAGUUGCUGGCCCUUCUAAUUCCCUUGAGUGUGACAGUAGGAGCCAAGGAGACUGCCGGCAGCACCCCCACUGCAAUAACAAUGACGCAGAGACUCGGGAGUUACCUGGUGACGGGUCGAAGAGGAACAGACAAAAAAUGAAGAAAAUGCCAAAGGCAAAGCAGUCUUCCUGUCUGGAAAGUGGGCCCACGCAGUGCUUGAGGACAGCUCACUCUGAGCCUUACCAUUGCCUUGAUCUGAACAGGAGAUUACUUUUUUAAUUUGAUCAAUAAUAAAGUGAAGCAUGUAAAUCAGAAUGCAUUGACAAUAAGAGUUACAGAAGAUCUUGUCACUUGGGGUGUCAAAUCAGAAAAAAAAAAAAAACCUUAAAACUUGUAUCAAGUUGUCUACCGAUACAGAUAUUAGAGGUCCUUGGAGAUUUUCACAAGCAGGUUUUAUCAGAUUUUUAUUAUGUUUUAUUUUUUAUUUUUUUUACUGCUUGUGGUCAGGAAGCCCAUUUACAAAUGAAAAAUAUAUGAAGCAAAUGAAUCUUUUAAAAGAGAUUUGAAAAAGCUAACAGGACUUUUUGAGCAUUAUCUUUCUAAAUGGAACAGGCAUACAAAGGUAUUCCGGCUCUUUCCGUGGGAGCAGCUAUGCAGAGCUAAGUGAGUGUGGAGGAUGACGGCGGUGUACAUGAAUGGGGGGACUCUGGGGAGUCAGCGUUACGCCCGGUGGAGCCGACAGGACAGUGCCGAGGACUACCCCUGCACCGAGCGCUACACUGAGGAGGAGGGCGGCAGGCUGCGGCGGCUGACUGCCUUCGAGAAGCUGACCCUGGACAUGUCCCACGAUGAGAAGGUGGUGAAAGAGCUCACCCUGGGCAAGAGAAUCGGCUUCUACCGGGUCCGUGGAGAGAUCGGGAGUGGAAACUUCUCCAACGUCAAGCUGGGCAUCCACUCCCUCACUAAAGAAGGGAAACCACAUCAAAACAAGGGCAACAACUCAGAAAAGGUAGCGAUUAAAAUCCUGGACAAGACGAAGCUGGACCAGAAGACGCAGCGUCUGCUGUCGAGAGAGAUCUCCAGCAUGGAGAUGCUGCACCACCCCAAUGUGAUUCGGCUGUAUGAGGUUGUGGAGACCCUGUCCAAGCUGCACCUUGUCAUGGAGUACGCAGGAGGAGGGGAGCUCUUUACCAAGAUCAGCACAGAGGGGAGGCUCUCUGACACAGACAGCAGAAUCGUCUUCUCUCAAAUCCUCUCUGCAGUCAAACACAUGCACGAUAGAAGCAUAAUUCACAGAGACCUGAAAGCAGAAAAUGUGUUUUAUACCUGCAACACGUGCGUGAAGGUGGGAGACUUCGGCUUCAGUACCAUCAGCAAGAAGGAAGAGACCCUCAACACGUUCUGUGGCUCCCCGCCUUAUGCAGCCCCUGAACUGUUCAGAGACGAGAACUACGUGGGCGUCUUCGUGGACGUCUGGGCGCUGGGCAUCCUGCUCUUCUUCAUGGUGACUGGCACCAUGCCUUUCAGAGCAGACACUGUAGCUAAGCUGAAGAAGUGCAUUCUGGACGGCACUUAUACCAUCCCCCCUUAUAUCUUAGAGCCCUGCCAGAGACUGAUUCGAGGCAUCCUGCAGCCUGUGCCUGCCAACCGCUACACUAUAGACCACAUCAUGACCAGCGAGUGGCUUCACUCGGUCCAGUUUCCCAAAGCUAUGGAGCCUUUCAAACUGGACCCCAUGUAUCUGGCUGAACCCUGUGACCUGAAGGAAGAGGAGGUGGAAGUUAAAGUGGCUUUGGAGAAUCUGGGCAUCACAGAGGAGCACAUUAGGAACAACCAGGGGAAGGACUCGCGCAGCUCCAUCACUGGAGUUUACCGCAUCAUCCUGCACCGUGUGCAGAAGAGACUAGCAAGGGAGAGCGUGCCCAUUAUCACACAGCUGGAACUCAAAGACUCCAAGAAAGAGAGGCACAAGCCUUAUCGUGAGAUCAGGUACACAUCCAAACUCUGUUCAAUUUUAUAAAUUGAGAAGAUGUCAUUGUCUUUAAUCAUACAGAUUUUGUACUGAAAAUAGAAUGUGUUUUUUUUUCACAAUGUUUGUGUUACAUUUUUGUAAGGUUAAAUUAAUAAAUUGUGUCUCUUAAUUCAA